CGGAGCCGGGGCCGGGGGCGAUGGGGAGCGGCGUCCGAGGGAACAAAGUUUGCAGCACUCUGGCGCUCGGCUGCUCGCGUCCUUGAUGCGCGGAGCCUGAGCAGCGGGCGGCUGGCACGCCUCGCCGCAAAGUUUCAGCUAUUUGAAUGUACUAAACCCCCAGGAUUCUAAUGCUCAGCCCUCCCCGCCCCCACCUCUCUUCCUAGGAUUUUUGGAGCUAUAUGGAGGGACCUCAGGAUGGUGUGCACCAGGAAAACCAAAACUUUAGUGUCCACUUGCGUGAUUUUGAGUGGAAUGACUAACAUCGUCUGCCUGCUGUACGUGGGCUGGGUCACCAACUACAUUGCCAGUGUUUAUGUGAAAGUGCAGGAGCCGAUCUCGGAGAAAAAGUUAGAGGAAGACAAAGGGGACACUUUAAGGAUUAUAGAAAGGCUGGACCAUUUGGAAAAUGUCAUCAAGCAGCACAUCCAAGAAGCUCCACCAAAAUUGGAAGAAAAUCCUGCUGAAGCGUUCACUGAUUCAUCUCUGUUUGCUCACUGGGGUCAGGAUCUCAGUCCUGAAAACAGACGUAUCGCACUUAAACAGUUCCAGUAUUACGGCUACAACGCUUACCUGAGUGAUCGCUUGCCACUAGACAGGCCUCUGCCUGACCUUAGACCUAACGGGUGCAGAAACCUUACAUUUCCUGACAGGCUUCCUGAGGUCAGCAUUGUAUUCAUAUUUGUUAAUGAAGCUCUCUCGGUGAUUCUGCGCUCCAUUCAUUCAGCCAUUGACCGGACUCCUGCUCAUCUGCUCAAAGAGAUUAUUUUAGUUGAUGAUAACAGUAAUAAUGAAGAACUCAAGGAGAAACUAAAUAAGUAUGUUGAUGAAGUGAAUGCUCAUAAGCCGGGUUUCAUCAAGGUUGUUCGACACAGCAAACAAGAGGGGCUGAUUCGAUCUCGAGUUAGUGGAUGGAGAGUAGCCACAGCACCAGUGGUCGCUCUCUUUGAUGCCCACGUAGAAUUCAAUGUGGGAUGGGCUGAACCAGUGCUCACUAGGAUAAAAGAAAACAGAAAAAGAGUAAUUUCUCCAUCAUUUGAUAACAUUAAGUAUGAUAAUUUUGAAAUAGAGGAAUAUCCCCUCUCAGCACAGGGGUUUGACUGGGAGCUGUGGUGCAGAUAUCUGAACCCUCCUAAGUCAUGGUGGAAACUGGAGAACACAACUGCUCCGAUAAGAAGUCCUGCAUUGAUUGGAUGCUUCAUAGUAGAUAGAGAAUAUUUCCAAGAGAUUGGCUUACUGGAUGAAGGCAUGGAAGUAUAUGGAGGAGAGAAUGUGGAGCUUGGAAUCAGGGUUUGGCAGUGUGGAGGAAGUGUUGAGGUUCUACCUUGCUCCAGGAUUGCACACAUUGAAAGAGCACAUAAACCAUAUACAGAAGAUCUAACUGCUCAUGUCCGGAGAAAUGCACUAAGGGUGGCUGAAGUCUGGAUGGAUGAAUUUAAGAGUCAUGUCUAUAUGGCAUGGAACAUACCCCAGGAGGACUCCGGAAUUGAUAUUGGUGAUAUUUCUGAGAGGAAGGCCUUGAGAAAGAAGCUUCAGUGCAAGACUUUUAGGUGGUAUCUUGUCAGCAUAUACCCAGAAAUGAGAAUGUAUUCAGAUACUGUCGCCUAUGGGGUGCUGCAGAAUUCCCUGAAAAGUGAUUUGUGCCUUGAUCAAGGGCCAGACACGGAGAAUAUCCCAAUCAUGUAUAUCUGCCAUGGAAUGACACCACAGAAUGUUUAUUACACAAGCAAUCAGCAGCUCCAUGUGGGUGUUCUGAGUCCCACUAUCGACGAUGAUGACAACAGAUGCCUGGUGGAUGUGAACAGCAGGCCCAGGCUCAUUGAAUGCAAUUAUGCCAAAGCCAAGAGAAUGAAGCUUUACUGGCAGUUUACUCAGGUCUUAUUAAGUAACCCUAGCUGCUGUCAGAAGAUCACCACAAUAUACAUCAUCAUCUGGAUUUGUUGCCAAAACAAAUAUGCAUUUAACCAUAAUUAUCUGGACUACGGAUGGAUGGAAGAUAUCAUUUUUAAACUACUUCACAACCCCUCAAUGUCCCUGAAAACAGUGUUCUAAAAGUCAUAUUGAACACCUAGAAUAUUUGUUUCUGAAGAUCUUUUUCUUAAACGUCAGAAGGAUUUCCUGGCCACUGCUGAUACAGUAAUGGUUCAUAUUUCCUUUCUGAAAAAUCACUAGUGAUUUUUCUGCUCUGGCUAAUGUAUUCUACUCCAAAACCUGCUUCCAUUUUCUUCCAUUUUAUUAUAAUUUUCUGUAGUAAAAUGCAUUUUCAGCUAAGCACAUCCUAGAGAGCUUCUCUAUAUUUCAGUGAAGGCUUGAAUUUAUUUCUUUGCAUGUUAUUAUUGUCUUGAUCUUGCUGUUAACAGUGGGCCUUUGCAAUCUGCUAUAUGUCUAUGAUAAAAUUGUGUAUGUAUGUGGAAAAUACUACCGAUUUUUAUUCUGUUUCUCUGUAAUUUGUUUUCCUUUCCAAUUACAUUCUCUGUAUGACACUGCAUUUCCCUUUGCCAGG